CAGCAUUUCCUGUGGGUUCAUUUGGGUGCCAGCAGUGCAACGGGGUCCUGCCCUGUCCCUGUUGUAUACUCCUCAAUUGCUGGUUCCCAUUUGGGCCCCCCAUCUUAGGUCCCUGGGGCCAGAGUCUCCCCCUACCCCCCCGCCCCCAGGCCUGGGGCAAGAUGCAGCCCCUGCACUUCUGCAAUCUUAACUGCUGGCUUCCGUCUCCUCCCUUGUGCCCUGCGGGACACCUCCUAAAGGCACCUUCCUCUCUCAGCCUGGCCACCAUGAUGCCCUCCAGCCUGCUGCAGGGGGCCUGCCGGACUCUGUUCAUCUUCCAGCUAUUGGUCUGCUGCCAGUUGCCCCUAGGUGCCCAGAGCUUGAGCCAGAGCCAGGAGUUCCCUCUGCAGGUGGAGCCCCAGAACCCAGUACUUCCUGCCGGUGGGUCCCUCUUGGUUAACUGCAGCACCAGGUGCCCUCACCCUGAGCUCAUCACCCUGGAAACAUCCCUAUUAAAGGAAGCCUUAGGCGAAGACAGGGGCUGGGCAGCCUUCCGCCUCCUGAACGUGACUGGUGACAGCAGGAUCAUCUGCUCCGGGUUCUGUAAUGGCUCCCAGAUGACAAGCUCCUCUGGCAUCACUGUGUACCGGUUCCCAGAGCGAGUGGAGCUGGGGCUCCUUCCCCCCUGGCAGCCAGUGGGUGAGGACCUCACCCUGCAAUGCCAUGUGUGGGGCGGGGCACCCCGGGCCCAGCUCACUGUGGCGCUGCUCCGUGGGGAGGAGGAACUGAGUCGGCAACCAGCAGUAGGGGAGCCAGCGGAGGUCACUGCCACGGUGCUGGCGGGCAGAGGUGACUAUGGUGCCAAUUUCACAUGUAGAGCAGAACUGGACCUGCAGCUCCGAGGGCUGGGACUGUUCCAGAACACCUCGGCCCCCCAGCAGCUCCGAACUUUUGCCCUGCCCAUGGUUGCCCCACGCCUUGUGGCUCCCCUGUCUGUGGAGGUGGGCACCACGUUGCCAGUGGACUGCACUCUGGAUGGGCUGUUCCCAGCCUCUGAGGCCCAAGUCCAACUGGCGCUGGGGGACCAGAUGCUGAAUCCUGCAGUCAUGAUCCACCGGAACACCCUCAGAGCCACAGCUACAGUCACAGCACGAGCAGACCAGGAGGGUGACCAGCAAAUUGUCUGCAAUGUGACCCUGGGGAGUGAAAGUCGAGAGGCCCGGGCGAACUUAACUGUCUUCACCUUCCUAGGGCCCAUUCUGAACCUGAGCGAGACCAACGUCACCGAGGGGUCCAAAGUGAAUGUGACUUGCACCGCUGGGGCCCGAGUCCAGGUCAUGCUGGACGGGCAUCUGGCUCGGGCUCCCGGGGAACCCGUCCAGCUUCAGGUAACUGCCACGGAGGGCGACGACGGGCGCUACUUCUUUUGCAAUGCUACCCUCAAAGUGGACGGAGAGGUCUUACACAGGAACGUGACUGUCCAGCUGCGUGUCCUGUAUGGUCCCAAGAUUGACCCGGCCAAAUGUCCUCAGCGAUUGGCAUGGAAAGACAGGACUAGUCAUGUGUUGCAGUGUGAGGCCCGAGGCAACCCGGCACCCCAGCUACAGUGUCUGCAUAAAGGAUCCGGACGUGAGGUCCCCAUCGGGACCCCAUUCCUAGUCAAGUUACACCACAAUGGCACUUAUCACUGUCAAGCAGUCAGCCCAAGGGGCAUGUACACCUUGCUUGUGGUGAUGCACGUUCAGGAUCGGAAGUCCCACUCGAUCAGCAUCCUCAUAGGGGUGUUAGUGAUUCUAGGCGUGAUGACUGUCAUAGCGUCCUUAAUAUACAUCUUCGGGAUGCAGAAACGAAGUGGCACCUACCGCGUGAACCAACCAAGCGCCUCGGUGAACCAACCAAGCGCCUCGGUUCCCCUCAAGCCUAUGCAGCCGGAACAGACGGUGGAGUUAGAGCUGUCCUGA